AUGGAGUUAUUGCCCGACGGACAGAGAAACACCGCCACUGAGGUCUCGUGGGAGGACCAGCAGAAGAUCAACAAGUUCUCCACCCUCAUCAACAAAAAAGACGAGCAGUUGGAAGUGCUCGAGAAGUUGAAGGUCGAGAAAGAAUACCUCGAUGAUUUGUCCAUGGAAAUAGAGUUGUUGGACGAGGACGACCGCAUCCAGUACAAGGUGGGAGAGGUUUUCAUCUUCAUGAAAGUUUCCAAGGCCAUUGCCAAGAUCGAGGCCGAAAACGAGAAGCUUGAGACCAGAAUCUCGGGAAUUGACGAGAUUAUUGAAGAGUGUGAUGAAAGCUUGGGAGACUUGAAAAAGCAGUUGUACGCCAAAUUCGGCAACAACAUCAACUUAGAACGUUAG